CGCGGGGACGAGAACGAGGAGACGGCGGCGGCGGCGGGACUGCGCGCCCCGAGCCCCGUUCCGCGUCCCCGCCGCCGGAGGAGGUGCCCGCACGCUCGCGGCGCGCGCCGGGCCGCCACACUCGGCCUGUGGGCGAUUUCCUCCGGACCCGAGCUCCCCGCCCGAGGAGGAAGAUGCAGACCUUUCUGAAAGGGAAGAGAGUUGGCUACUGGCUGAGCGAGAAGAAAAUCAAAAAGCUGAAUUUCCAGGCCUUCGCCGAGCUGUGCAGAAAGCGAGGGAUAGAAGUGGUGCAGCUGAACCUUAGCCGGCCGAUUGAGGAACAGGGCCCGCUGGACGUCAUCAUCCACAAGCUGACCGAUGUCAUCCUCGAAGCCGACCAGAACGACAGCCGGUCCCUGGAGCUGGUGCACAGGUUCCAGGAAUAUAUCGAUGCGCACCCUGAGACCAUUGUCCUGGACCCUCUUCCUGCCAUCAGGACCCUGCUCGACCGCUCCAAGUCCUAUGAGCUCAUCCGGAAGAUCGAGGCCUACAUGAAAGAUGACAGGAUCUGCUCGCCACCCUUCAUGGAGCUCACGAGCCUGAGUGGAGACGACACUAUGAGGCUCCUGGAGCAGAACGGCCUGGCGUUCCCCUUCAUUUGCAAAACCAGAGUGGCUCAUGGCACCAACUCUCACGAGAUGGCCAUUGUGUUCAACCAGGAGGGCCUGAGUGCCAUCCAGCCGCCCUGUGUGGUCCAGAACUUCAUCAACCACAACGCAGUCCUGUACAAGGUGUUUGUGGUGGGCGAGUCCUACACUGUGGUCCAGAGGCCCUCGCUGAAGAACUUCUCUGCGGGCACGUCAGACCGGGAGUCCAUCUUCUUCAAUAGUCACAACGUGUCGAAGCCGGAGUCCUCAUCGGUCCUGACAGCGCUGGAUAAGAUCGAGGGCGUGUUCGAGCGGCCGAGCGACGAGGUCAUCCGGGAGCUGUCCCGGGCCCUUCGGCAGGCGCUGGGUGUGUCGCUCUUUGGGAUUGACAUCAUCAUCAACAACCAGACUGGGCAGCACGCGGUCAUCGACAUCAACGCCUUCCCAGGCUACGAGGGCGUCACCGAGUUCUUCACAGACCUCCUGAACCACGUGGCCACCGUCCUGCAGGGCCAGAGCGCGGCCACGGCAGCUGCGGGGGACGUGGCCCCGCUGAGGCACAGCAGGCUCCUGGCGGAGCAGGCAGGCAGCCUGGCGGGCGAGCGGACGUGCAGCGCUGGCCCUGGCUGCUGCAGCAGCAUGAUGGGCCCGGACCCCCCCUGGAUGUCGGAGGCCGACGCGGGCAGUGUGGGCCCAGGCGGCACCACCAAGCUCCCGCACCAGAGACUCGGCUGCACUGCCGCCGUGUCACCCAGCUUCCAGCAGCACUGCGUGGCCUCGCUGGCCACGAAGGCCUCCUCCCAGUAGCCAUGGAGCCCAGGACCCAGAGGGCGGCGCGGGCCGCAGAGUGCACCUGCUGGGUCAGCCCCUCCCAGCAGUGACGCUCCUACUAAGAAUUCCCAGCGAUCUGAUUCUUCUUCUUCUU